GGCCUGACUCAGGUGAUGAUCUCAGCCCGGGAUAACGAUAAACCAAAUGUGACCCUGACAUUGAAAAAUGAUGAAAAAUCUGUGUACAUCGGUGAUACAGUGACUCUGGUAUGCAACAUUGAUGGGAAAAUUACUGACCUGACAUAUCUCUUUUUCAGAGGAGAUGACAGAAAAUUUUGGACUGAAUUUAAAGCAACCAAAGAGAACUCUUACACCAUCAAAUCUGUGACUCAGUUUGACAGUGGAGUGUACCGCUGUGAUGUCUACAGUGGCAAUCCUCCUUAUGUCUUACAGUCCAGCAAUCCUGUCACACUGACUGUCCAAGUACGGACAGCCAGACUAGAAGUGAUCUCAAGAGGUCCAGAUGGGCAAAUAUUUGAAGGAGACAAGGUCAGCCUGACCUGUCAAGUCAAUGGCCAUCUUGUUGAGUGGACAUUUGAGCUUUGGAAGAUCAGAGAAGAAAAUCCAAAUGAAACACGUAAAGAGAACACCUUCACCUUCAGCCCUGUGACUCUCUCACACAGAGGACGGUACUCGUGUCGAGCUAAAAAAGGAGACCUUCACUCAGAAUUUAGUGCUUCUGUUCAGUUAAACGUCUUAGAGUUGUUCAGUAAGCCCACCCUGACAGUGCAACCCAAUGCUUCUGUGUGGGAAAUGGAUAGUGUGGACAUGAGCUGUCAGUCUGAGAGCAAAGUGACAGGGACACGGCUGACAUACAGAUUCUACCGAGAAAACAUGACUGUUAUUCAAGGAAAAUUGGAAAAUGUGUUCAGAAUUACAUUUGCUGUUAAAAACAAUUCUGGGAGUUACUGGUGUGAGGUGGGAUCAGAGGAGGAAAAGACUGAGAAAAAAAGAAGUGACCCUGUGCAAGUGACUGUGAGAGAAUACCCAAAGGCGACUCUGACUAUAAGGAAUGACAGUAAAAACGCGUACAUUGGAGAUAUGGUGACCCUGGACUGCAGCAUUGAGGGCAGCUUUACUGGCUGGAGAUAUAUAUGGUACAAAGGGAACCUGACAAAUUGGGGAAAUUGGAUUAAAGAUGCCACAGGAAACGCUUACACCUUCCCGUCUGUUACCCUCUCUGAAAGUGGAGAAUACUGGUGUAGUGCCUUCAGAGAUGUUUCUCCUACUCAUCCUCUUCACCUUGGUGGAUAUGAUUCUCCUCGUCACUCACGGAGCAGCAAUGUUGUUACUCUGAUUGUUAAAGCUAUGAAUGUAACUCUGGAACCAUCUCCUAGCAGAUCUGUGAAGGAGGGAGACCCCCUUAACCUCACUUGCAUAUGGGGAGGGAAACAAAGCUUUCCCUCAAAACUCACCUUCAGCUUCUUACAAAAUAAUGUGACUGUGGAACACAACAGGGAGUCUCCAGUGUUGAGCAUCACAUGGGUUGAGAAAAGACAUGGUGGAAGCUACAUGUGUGCUACAGAAUUACCAAGAGGACGAAAAACUUACAGCAAAACCAUAGAGAUUGAAGUGUUGAAAGGUUUCCCUCUCACUACUGUCUUAGUCAGUGUCGGACUCGCUCUGUUUCUUUUACUACUCCUGUUGCUGCUGUUUGUAUGCGGUAGGACUCGAGGUUCAACAUUCACUGAGGGUAAGAAGGCCAGGAGAAAAGAAAAGAAAAUGGAUGUGAUUACCCCCAAUCGGGGGGCUGUCCAGAUUGAGCCAUUGAAUAAGGAAGAAGAAAACAUGGAAAUCACAUACUCGGAGUUGGUAGGCCUUCCAAAGGAAAAGAAAAAAGGAGGACCUUCUGUGAACAGCAGUGCUGCUACAUUGUACUCCGAGGUUAAAAUCCACAAAGAUAAAUCUACUGCAUCAUCCGACAAAGAUGUUCUUUACGCAAAUCUUGCAAAAGAAAAAUCAAAGAAGAAGCAAGGGAGAAUGCCUAUUGUGUCUGAUGCCCUGUACUCCAAUGUCACAUUAAACAGUCCUUCAGGUAAGGCAGCGUUGGCUGGGGAAUUGACGGAGAAAACUGAGCAGAUUUGAGGGUGCAAAGAGCAAAAAUAGUGCAAAUGGUUAGAAUUCUAACAAGACCUUACUUCAGUAUAGUUUGAUUAUUCACUAAUAAUUUCACUGGUUUUAACCCAUCACACAGGUAUAGAACAUAGUUUUUCACCACAACUCUGCCAUCAUUUGACAUCAGACUCUUUCUCAAAUUUCAAGAACUUAAAACCUCUGUGUGACUCACAGCUACCAUCUCUACAGCA